CCUGUCUAGGAUACCCAAGCGAGUUAUUGCAUAUCCUAGACAAGUGCAAGCGUACUGUAACGUCGCGAAUGCGCUUGACAUCAUUCGGGACUCGACCACCACUGCCGAUCAAAUCAAGCAGACUAUUGCAUCACCCUCUUUGAGCACAAGUACGAACACAGCUGACAGCCGUUGCAAGACGCAGUCACAUCAUAGGAGGAUUUCGAUUGCCGAUCUCUGCCAGGCUAAAUGCUGGCAUGCACGCACACGACGUUGCGGCUGAACCCUACAAGCGGCGAAGCUGGUUUGGUCAGAUCUUCAUUGACAUCACAGCCACAGUCAAUAAAUAUGCAUAUAGACCUGCGUCGAGUACGAGUUAUAACCCUCCCCACCUCAGGAAAUCGAUAAAAAAAACCCACCCGCUGCUUUCCUAUCGUCACAACCCUGCCGCGUCAUUCCGCGAAUUCGUCAUCACAACACUCACCAUGCGCACCAUCUUCACAGUAGCAACGACGGCAACACUCUGCUCCCUCGCCUCCGCCCUGCCAACAUCCAACCUCGCCCCGCGAGCAGGCGGCCCGGCAAUCGUACCCAUCCCUUCCACCUGCACCGUCACGUCCCUCGCUCCGCCCACCACUAGCAACAACAACAACAACCAGUCAUUCCUCCCCGCCCCUGGCACCGCCGACGCCUCCCUCUACAGCGCCUACUACCCCUCCUUCUCCUCCAACAAGACACAAAUGGCGCAGCAGUGCCUGCAACAAUGCUACGGGUACGGCGACCACGUCGAGUGCAAGACCGCGUUUUGGGCCGAGAACGUGGUUGUGCCGUCGGGUUAUUAUGGGACUGAGGGGGGCUAUCUGGCUACGGCUUGCUUGAUGUUCGAUCGGUUGUUGGGCGAGGGCGAUUUUAUCGGGGCACCCGAGGGGCAGGGGACCGGGGCUUUUGCUGCGACGGUGGAGUGUUGAUAUGAUGAUGGGGUAUGAUAGGGUAUGAGAUAUAAGGCAUGAAUAUGGGUUGGCGUUUUUCGGCUUUGUGAGGGUAACAUGGGUUUACGAAUAUGGUUGAACGUACCAGGACGGCAUUGGUAUGAAUGAAUACGUAAUGAUUUCGCUUGCAGCGUGUUUUUUUCACUUUCAGAAGCGAAGUCCUUUUAGAAUAAAACUCAAUUCAAAAAUCAUACAUGAAUGAUGGAUAAUGCGAGACGGAUGAGUGCCACUUGCGGACAUACUUUUGCG